UCCUCGUGAUGACAGCAAAUGACAGCACUGUUCGCUCCUGCGGAAGCCAGUGUGAGACAGCUAACCGCCAACUAGCGAUUCCCCUGUCGCGAGAGAAAUCUUCGGAUCAGCUGCGUUUAGAGAGAUCGUGAACGGCCAGCACACGCUUACUACGCUCGUCAUUUACCUCUCUGCCUGUCUGAGCUGGUGAAGAUGGUGAAGCCAGACAUCCACACUCUGGCCCACCACUUGAAGCAGGAGCGGCUGUAUGUGUCGUCAGAGAAGCAGCUCAUCCAGAGGCUCAACAGUGAUGUGCUGAAAACAGCUGAGAGGCUGUACCGGGCCGCAUGGAUCGCCAAGCAGCAGAGGAUCAACCUCGAUCGUCUCAUUCUCACCAGUGCGGAGGCCUCUCCAGCUGAAUGCUGCCAACAUGCCAAAAUGCUGGAAGAUACACAGUUUGUUGAUGGCUACAAGACACUGGGCUUCCAGGAGACCAUCUAUGGAGAGUUUUUGGCCCGGUUGAGGGAGAAUCCCAGACUGGUUGCUUCCUGUCUGGUGGCAGGAGAGAGGCUGAACCAGGAGCACACCCAGGGGGUCACCCAUACAGUCUUCACCUCACUUUAUGGCAACUGUAUUAUGCAGGAGGACGAGAGCUAUUUGCUUCAGGUGUUGCGGUACCUGAUAGAGUUUGAGCUGAAGGAGAGUGACAACCCUCGCCGUCUGCUGCGACGGGGAACCUGCGCCUUCAGCAUCCUUUUCAAGCUCUUCUCCGAGGGCCUGUACUCAGCCAAGCUCUUCCUCACUGCCACCCUGCACGAACCCAUUAUGCAGCUGCUGGUGGAAGAUGAAGACCACCUAGAGACGGACCCAGCCAAGGUCACGGAGCGCCUCACUCCGGCUCAGCAGGAACGCUUUGGAGAGAAGGGCUCUGAGGGCUACCAACAAAGGGUGCAGGCAGCUGUGGAGGCCAAUGAAGCCAAGCUGGUGGCUCUGGUCAACAAAUUCAUUGGUUACUUGAAGCAGAACACCUACUGCUUCCCCCACAGCCUGCGCUGGAUUGUGUCCCAGAUGUACAAGACGUUGUCAUGUGUGGAGCGUCUUGAGGUAGGCGAGGUGCGCACCAUGUGUACAGACCUGCUGCUGACCUGCUUCAUCUGUCCAGCUAUAGUCAACCCGGAGCAGUAUGGUAUCAUCUCUGAUGCCCCCAUCAAUGAAGUUGCCCGCUUCAAUCUAAUGCAGGUGGGGCAACUUUUGCAGCAGUUGGCCAUGGCUGAUGGUGAUGCAGACCCAAGGCGGAAGAGCGGUUUGUCUAAAUUUGAUAAGAGUUGUGUUGCUGCCUUUCUGGAUGUGGUAAUUGGAGGAAGAGCAGUCGAGACCCCACCCAUGUCCUCGAUGAACCUUCUAGAAGGCCUCAGCAGGACUGUGGUCUAUAUAACACAUAAUCAGCUGCUAGCAUUGGUGGACUUUGUGCGCAAUGUGACUGCAGGGGACCACCUCCGGGAGGAGGAGCACAUGGCCCUGGAGAACCUGCUGGCCAAUGUGCCCCAGUCUCGGACUGUGAAGAGCAAUAGUCUGGAGCUGACUCCCUCCAACACCCCCCAGCUCUCGCCGGCUACCACUCCUGCCAACAAGAAGAACAGGCUGCCCAUAGGACAACACUUAGCUGCCAUAACAUCCUGGGACCCCACAGUCACCACUCUGUCUGCCCACAUUCCAUUAGUAACCCCUUUUGCUGCUCGUAGCCGCAGCCGUACCAAUAUUGCCCAGGAGGGGGAGGCAGAGGCCAGCUCCCAAGAGUCCCUACAUGAGCUGAUGCCAGAGGAGGUGCUGGUGAUUUCACUAGGAACUGGUCUUCAGACUGUCCCAGGGAUGAUGUCAGAGAAUGAGGUUUUGAACCUGCAGAUGGCUGAGGGGGCCCAGGGGGAGGGCCAUGCUGAUGAGACCAAACAGCAUGGCAAACCGGACAAAACCUUGCGCUUUUCCCUCUGCAGUGACAACUUGGAAGGAAUCUCAGAGGGUCCAUCCAAUCGUUCAAACUCUGUGUCGUCUCUGGAUCUGGAGGGAGAGUCUGUUUCUGAGCUUGGAGCUGGACCAUCAGGGAGCAAUGGGGUGGAGGCUUUACAGCUUCUGGAGCAUGAACAGGCCACCACUCAGGACAACUUGGAUGACAAACUCCGCAAGUUUGAGAUCAGAGACAUGAUGGGUCUCACAGAUGAUCGGGACAUCUCCGAGACAGUUAGUGAAACCUGGAGCACCGACGUGCUUGGCAGUGACUUUGACCCCAACAUGGAUGAAGAUCGGCUGCAGGAGAUAGCAGGGGCAGCUGCAGAGAACAUGCUUGGCAGCCUGCUGUGUCUUCCUGGCUCAGGUUCAGUGUUGCUGGACCCCUAUGGCUCCACCAUCUCCGAGACCACAAGCGAGGCCUGGAGCGUGGAGGUCCUGCCCAGCGACUCAGAGGCCCAAGAUCUGAAGCAGGAGGAGCGUCUGCAGGAGCUGGAGAGCUGCUCAGGGGUCGGCAGCACCUCGGAUGACACAGAGGUCCGAGAGGUCAGCUCGAGACCCAGCACACCAGGCCUAAGCGUUGUCUCAGGUAUCAGCGCAACCUCAGAAGAUAUCCCCAACAAGAUCGAGGACCUGCGGUCAGAGUGCAGCUCGGACUUUGGAGGGAAGGACUCUGUGACCAGUCCAGAUGGGGAGGAGUCAGGCCACGGAGCACACCAUCUGACAUCUCCACCCUCACAGGCCGAUUCCUUGCUGGCCAUGUUCGAUCCCCUCUCCUCUGGUGAAGGCUCCUCCACUGGAACAAUAGUGAGGCCCAAAGUGCACUAUGCCCGUCCCGCUCACCCUCCACCGGACCCGCCCAUCCCUGAAGCCAGUGCCCUGGGGCAAGAGACACGCCACUCUCUCUUCAUACCCCACUGCCUGGCCCAGGCUGAGCUGGAGCACACCAAGCAGCGCCACUCCUUCCCUGACAGGCUGGUCCGCAGCCGCAGCUCUGACAUUGUUUGCCCAGGCCGCCGGCCCACAAGUGACCCCGGUCUUAACCGGCGGGUAGCAGUUGAAGAGCGUGACCCUGCUGGGGCCUUCGCCUUAGGACCCUCCUCGUCCCCCAGCAAGGACUCCUUGAAAGGAGAGGCUGAGGACAGGAAAGACAGUGACGACGAGAAGUCUGAUCGCAACAGACCCUGGUGGAAGAAACGUUUUGUGUCUGCCAUUCCCAAAGUGCUGUAUUGGACGGCUGAGAGUGAUGUCCCAGCUCCAAUAGCCGCAUUUAGGAAAAGGGACAAACAAGAGAAAGAUGACAUCACCCAGGAGCGUACUCCACAAGAUGACCCAUUGCCCAGACAGAGCAGUCAAGCGCAGGCAGCUGAAGACAUCCUGGACAAGUACAGGAACAUCAAGAGGCCCAGCCCAAGUGAUGGAGCCACGGCCGGAGCUUCCUAUGAUGGUGCAGGAGAUCUUUGUGUUGAAGACGGCGCACAUGACUCUCCGAGAGAAGAUACUCUGCAGAACAUUUCCACAGACGACCUCCCAGACUCGGCCAGCCAGACGGCACAGCAGCAUGACUCAAAGUUCUCCUUCAGUGAUGCUAAGAAGAAGUUGAGGUUAGCGUUGUGUUCUGCGGACUCAGUGGCUCUGCCCAUCAUGGCUCCUGCGACCACACGGAAUGGGCUGCCUGACCACAUGGAUCCUGAAGAAAAUGAGAUUGUCUGCUUCCUGAAGGUCCAGCUCGCAGAAGCCAUCAACCUCCAGGAUAAGAACCAGAUGGCCCAAAUCCAGGAGACCACGCGCUGUGUCAGCCGCUUCGAUGCACGCACCUGUAGAAAGCUGCUAGCUGCCAUUACAGAGGACUACAGAAAGCGGGCACCAUACAUAGCUUAUCUAACCAGGUGUCGUCAGGGCCUGCAGACCUCUCAGGCCCAUCUGGAGCGGCUCCUCCAGAGGGUGCUGAGAGAUAAGGAGGUUGCAAACCGCUACUUCACCACUGUCUGUGUUCGACUCCUCCUUGAACACAUGGAAUCCAAGAUGCUUGACUUUAUUAAGGCGUUCCAGGCUUGCACAGCAUCAGACGACAAGACGGCAGCAGUGGAGGAUUUUCUGCGCUACUUGUACGGUGCUAUGGCCCGUGAUGCCAUUUGGCAGUAUGCAAGCGAGGACCAGCUGCAGGAUGCCCAGAUGGCUAUCGAGCGCAGCGUUAUGAACCGCAUCUUCAAACUGGCUUUCUACCCCAACCAGGACGGAGAUAGUCUCAGAGACCAGCUUUUCCAUGAACACAUCCAGCGGCUCUCAAAAGUUGUGACGGCCACUCACAAAGCACUUCAAAUCCCAGAGGUCUACUUGAAGGAGGCUCCCUGGCCCUCGGCACAGUCCGAGAUCAGGACCAUCAAUGCAUACAAGACGCCACGAGACAAAGUCCAGUGUAUCCUGCGCAUGUGUUCCACCAUCAUGAACCUUCUCAGUCUGGCAAAUGAAGACUCCGUCCCUGGAGCGGAUGACUUUGUCCCUGUACUCGUCUUUGUACUCAUAAGGGCAAACCCGCCCUGCCUGCUGUCCACCGUUCAGUACAUCAAUAAUUUCUACGCCAGCCGGCUGAGUGGGGAGGAGUGCUAUUGGUGGAUGCAGUUCACCGCGGCGUUGGAAUUCAUUAAGACCAUCGACGAUCGCAAGUGAAGCAGAACAGCCACCUGUAUGGGCAGACUGCGGGGGAAGGAGCCGGGAGACUGGGAGACUUCCCAACCAACUGCUCCCUCUGCACAGUUUAUAAAACCUGGCCCUCAGCCUGCUCUUUAUUUGUAUAGCUUGUACAUAGCCAGAGACACUGAAAGAUUACAAAAUAUAUAUUACUGUAUGUAUGUGGACAAAUCCAGGUUUUAGCCGUGGAGGGAAAAAUGGCCUUGGAAGGAAAAAAAUUGGCAAGAUGUUAACUUUGAACCUAAUUUGGAUUUUUCCUUUUAUCUUUGUCUCUUCAGUCACGUUUCACGUUUUGGCGUCUGUAUUAGGAAUUUUAUAUACACAGUUACCAAUAUGACAUUAAAUCAUCGUAAAAGAUAAUCCUAUAUAAAGGGACCAGACUUGCUUGAUGUGAUCACUGAUCUUUCCCCCCCCCCCAGAGUGAGAGGGAAGGGCUUCCAAUUAAAUAACAAUAUAAUGUUCAUUAAAUGCAUUGUUACAUGGGGAUUUACAGUGUGUGAUAAGAUACUGAUGGGAAUUUAGUGACUCAUAAACACUGAAGUCAAUUCACAAUAACCAUACUACUCACAAGGUUAGUGUAUCAAACAGUAGGGCAGCUUAUUUCACGAAUUGUUUACUUAAAUUCUCAUCUUAUUCCCCAAAAAACACGUGCUGGUGACAAUUUGGUAAAGGGGCCCACAUAUUUAUAUGAAAUAAAAAUGUAUUUAUCUCUGUAAAUCUAUUUAAUGCUUUGUUUAUCUAAUCCUUCACAAAAAAAGAAAAGAAAGAAAAUGGAAAUGCACAUCAUGGCCAUUCAAGACGUCUGAGGCGAGUUGUGAUACACUCGCAAGAAAAGCUUGAGAUAGGAAGGCACCUUAGCGAUGAGUAGCCCUCAGGUGGGGAUGCUGACACAGGGUCAAGUCAUGCACAGAGUAGUGGUGGCAUUUAUGGAAAUAUUGGAAAUAGUGCCUUUGAUAUGGGGCACUCUGUACAGGUAGUUAUUGGUGAGGGUAUUUUUUUUUUUUCUUUAGCUAGCUUAGGCGUUACCCCCGCCCUACACACACACACACACACACACACACACACACACACACACACACACACACACACACACACACACACACACACACACACACACACACACACACACACACACACACACACACACACACACACACACACACACACACACACACACCCCCCGAGUGAACCGGUGAGGGAAAGGGAGGACAUGUUGGAUAUUGACCUGCUGUGAUGCCUAUUGUGGUCACAUCCCCCUUAAUUAACACAAGCCUUUGUUAGCGAAAACAAAGACAUUGUAGUUUUGAAUCUUAAACCGGAGAUGUCACGUGUGUCUGCAUUGGGCAGACUAGUGAACUAUUGGAUAUUGGCUCUACCUCUUCAUAAGUUCAAGAAAGGGACUCAUGUUUAUGUGCACUUAUUUCUUUUUUUUUUUCUUCUUCUAAUUUGGCGUGCUGUGAUAUCCUAGUGUAAUUGUAUCUCUCCAUUAAUAGCGCAAGCAUGUCUUUUGAUUAUCCAGAAAUGACUAAAACUCCUUUUCCCCUUGAAAUACUCUGCUUGGUUUUUGUGCACAGACGUGCUGCCACAUGUAUUAUAGUUUUCGAUGAUCCAUUUCUUUUCAUGGUAAAUGACCUGACAGCACAAUACACCGUAGGAUAGAAGAUCAAAUAAUCAACACUAUUGACUUGUUACUGACUUGCAGUUUAUGCUAAAGUGGUUGGUGUAGUACAUGAGUGUUCUUUUUGUUCUGGUUUUUGUUCUUUUCUGUUUUUUUGUCUUGCGAGGCGACUGCGUGAUUGGUUGACCCUCUGCCUCCUCUUGCAUGAAGUCAUUGAAUGGUCUGUACAUUCUCAAUCAUGAUAAACAGUAGAAUAGGAUUAGUAUAUGCCACAGGCCAGUAAUUGAACCUGCAAGAGGAUGCAAAGCUCCUCUUUGUGUCCGUGAUACUUGCACAUCGGAACUCGAUUUAUUUUGCACAAAGCAGAUGUCUCUUCCCUGGGAAAUUUGACAGGGAGCAGUGCAUUUGGAAAUGUCGUCUCUUUUGGCCUUUACAGUCGCAACGUAAACGUAUGGUGAUUAAAAUGACAUCUGAGUAGCAAAGUUAAGCACCUGACUGUUACUUUCUCAAGCGGAGGAACGUCCACGUUCAUCAGGGAGCAAAUGCAUUUUUAUAGCCGUCUUACAGUAGCAUGUGCACCAGGUUCGUAUGUGCGAGUGCCCUUCCUUGCAGAGUCUGUGUAAUCAGUUUGAUGAGAAAACCAUGCACUGGAAAAUCAAGUUGCAGGUUGCAUCUAUACUAAUUAAGUUUAUGUGAUGUCACUUCAAUUGGAAAUACAUACUGCACAAAUCUGAUGAAAUUAUUUGGACCUGGCUUGUGUUUCCGCAUUUCCCCGGACAGCCGGCCACAGCAACUAUACGAACGACCCCACUGAAGUACUGAUCAAAACAAACAAAUUAUUUACACAAAUAUGUGUGUGUAUAUAUAUGUGUAUAUAUAUAUAUAUGUGUGUGUAUAUAUAUAUAUAUAUAUGUAUAUAUAUAUAUAUAUAUAUAUGUGUGUGUGUAUAUAUAUAUAUAUAUAUAUAUAUAUAUAUAGGUGUGAUGGCACCUGUAAUUUUUAGCUGUUGUAUGCAAACCACUGGGCAGCGUGUUCCGUGAGCCAACUCGAGAGUUGGUCUGUUCUCCAAAGCUUUACUGCUCUGCUCCCUGUACAAUUAGGUUGAAAAGGCUCAGCAGAGAAGAAAAGUUUUACAUUUGAUUUUACAUUUAAUUGUAAGCUUGCACAAUAAUGACAUGCGGGGAAAGCCGGUCUGUCUGUACUGUGAUUAAUGCAUUAUGUAAUUCUUUGAAACCAAUAAAAAGAAGCAGAAGAU